AGAGGGCGUGCGCUCCGGCCAGCGUGCGGGAGGAGGCGCGCGGGCAGCGGCCCCACAGAUGCGCCAGAGGCCCGCCAGCGCGAUGGAGCCGGCGGACCUGGGGCUCGGGGACUCAUCCUUGCACCGUUACCUGGACGGCGAGUUCUGGAGCCUCAAAAACGAGCUGCGCGGGCUCCUGGGCGGCUGUCCGCUCUUCCGGCCCAGGUAUGAUUUGAAUCUGGAUGAAAUGAGAACUUUGACAUUUCAGAGAGUGACAUUUACCAUGGGCCUCCCUCUGUUAAAACGUGCAAUUCAGGAUCAGGUGGAGAGAACAAGGAAGUUUGUCAGUCGGAGCCUGGUCAUAGGAGAAGUCCUCUCCACAGCGGACAUGGCCACAGGAGUAAAGUGUGGAAUAAUUUACUGGCUGUUCGGUGGGGCCAUCAGAAAUCUUGGAGGCCCGGCACACGUAACUCAAUGGCUUCAGCCUCUCCAGGAGCAGAAAUACACGGGGAUGUUUGCAAUGACCGAGAGGGGACAUGGAAGCAACGUCAGAGGGAUCCAGACCGAAGCCACCUUUGACUUCUCUGCACAGGAAUUUGUCAUUAACACACCGUGUAAAGAUGCUGAGAAGAUGUACAUCGGAAAUGCGAUGUACGGGAAUUAUGCAGCAGUCUUUGCCCAGCUCAUCAUAAAUGGAAGAUCUCAAGGGCCCCACUGCUUCAUCGUUCCUGUCCGAGAUGAACACGGACGCUUGCACCCAGGAGUGACGGUGGUUGAUAUGAUGCAUAAAGAAGGUCUACAUGGUGUGGAUAACGGGAUUCUGAGAUUUGACAAUGUUCGGAUACCGAGGGAGAACCUGCUGGAUAAGUUUGGUUCCGUGGCUCCGGAUGGGCAGUACCACUCCCCCAUUAAGGACAAGAGUGCACGAUUCAAUGCCAUGUUGGCGGCGCUGACCCCUUCCAGACUGGCUGUGACUUUCCAAGCUAUGGGCUCCAUGAAGCUUGGGCUGACGAUAGCCAUUCGCUAUAGCCACAGUUUUGUUUGUUUGCUUCUCUCUAGCCGGAGGCAGUUUGGACCCAAAGCCAGGGAAGAGGUCAAGAUUAUUGAGCACCAAACGCAGACCCUGCGGCUGAUGCCUCAUCUGGCCACUGCCUUGGCCCUGACCUUCGCCAGCAGGUAUGCCGGCACCCUUCUGGAUGAGGACAUCUUCCGUGGGAAGGAGCUCGUCAGCAGUCGCCCGCUGCAGGCGCUGGUGGCAGGGCUGAAGGCCUAUAGCACCUGGGAGAACGUCAGCUGCCUGCAGGACUGCCGUGAAUGCACUGGAGGCAUGGGUUACAUGAUGGAAAAUCAAAUCUCAGGCUUAAAAUGUGACACAGAUGUGUUUGUCACUUUUGAAGGUGACAAUGUCGUCAUGCUACAGGUUGUGGUUCGGGAACUGCUGGCUCAGUACACCAAGCAGUAUGAAGAAAGACCGGUCUCCAGCUUGCUCCGAAACUGGGCGGAAUCGGGGAGUGACAGGCUGAGAACCAGUUUCCUGGCAUUUAACAUGGACACAGUUGGUAAUCUCACCUUUCUGUUGAAAGCAGUGCAUUUUCGUGAAAGGAUUCUUCAGCGGGGUUUGGUGGCCCGAAUUUAUUAUAAGGUGAUGACCAAGAAGGAGGACUUUUUCAGGGCCUGGAACUCAUGUCUUCACCACAUCACCUGCCUGUCUCUGGCACAUAUUCACCGAGUUACUUUAGAGCAGUUCUGCCUGGCUGUAAGGAACUGUCCUGACCAAGAGGACCAGGCUUUGUUAAAGAAGACAAAGGAUUCCAUACGUCCCAAGUCUGCCACAUCUUCACUUUCGUCACUGUGGGGAAUGCUUCACAAAUGAGACUGUUCAUAUGAACCACGGGAAGGUGCAUCUGAUGUCAUCGCUUCCUGCCCCUUGAGUGGGAGACAGGCUUUUUUUCUUGGUGACCAUUGUUUUGUUUCCUUCCAAAUGGACAAAGGAGAACAGGUGUGGUCUCGUCUAUGUUUCGGUUGUACAUUAGGGUUGAGCCAAACGUGUGAGAAAGCCUGGCCGACACCCUGCCUGCAUUUAAUUAACACUUGGCCAUUGAAGGCAGAAAGCAGUAGACACCAGCAGAUGACUAAGGAACACACAUUCUUUUCCACCCAUGGCUAAGGCUGUUUUCACCUGGAAACUCUCCUUAGGCUGACCAGGAGGCAUCUGCAUUUCCAUGAUGUCAUUUCAGUUCUGUGUCGUCAGGAAACCACGUGUACCAGGGAUUGCAUUUCUUUACCUAAAUACCGUACCAGCUGUUCUCUGACUUUAGAAAUGGGUGGAAAAUCAAGGGCGUCACUAAAAGGGAUGUUCAACUCAUUUGCCUAAGAUGUGAUAUUUUCGGUCUGUCUUUUUUUUUUAAAACUUUCAGUAAUGUUGUUUUAUAAACAGAAGUUCUGAUACCA